AUGCCGCCAAUAACUAUGCCCGAGGACACUACACUGUUGGAAAGGAGAUGCAUCGACCUCGUGCUUGACAGGACUCGUCGUCUUGCUGACAACUGCUCUGGUUUGCAAGGCUUUUUGAUCUUCCAUUCUUUCGGAGGAGGAACUGGUUCUGGAUUUACCUCAUUGUUAAUGGAACGUCUUUCUGUGGAUUACGCAGAAGAGCAAACUUCGAAUUCUCAAUCUAUCCCGCACCACAGGUUUCUACUGCCUGUUGUUGAGCCGUACAAUUCCAUUCUCACCACCCAUACCACACUUGAACAUUCCGACUGUGCCUUCAUGGUUGAUAACGAGGCUAUCUACGAUAUCUGCCGCCGAAACCUUGACGUUGAGAGGCCAAGUUAUACAAAUCUCAACAGAAUAAUUUCUCAAGUUGUAUCGUCUAUCACCGCGUCUCUCCGAUUCGAGGGCGCCCUUAAUGUUGAUCUCACCGAGUUCCAGACGAAUCUCGUACCAUAUCCUCGAAUUCACUUCCCAUUGGCAACUUAUUCGCCUCUGAUUUCUGCCGAGAAGGCAUACCAUGAGGCCUUGUCAGUGAGCGACAUCACAAACAUGUGUUUCGAGCCUUGCAAUCAGAUGGUAAAGUGCGAUCCACGAAACGGAAAGUACAUGGCUGUGUGCCUGUUGUACCGCGGAGAUGUUGUACCAAAAGAUGUCAACCAGUCCAUUUCUGCCAUCAAGGCUAAACGUAGCAUCCAAUUCGUCGAUUGGUGUCCCACAGGUUGGCAUCAACUACCAGCAGCCCCAACUGUCGUUCCUGGUGGUGACAUCGCUAAAGUGCCCCGAGCUGUUUGCAUGCUGUCGAACACGACCGCAAUCGCCGAAGCAUGGGCUCGUUUAGAUCACAAGUUCGACCUUAUGUACGCUAAGCGCGCAUUUGUCCACUGGUACGUCGGAGAAGGUAUGGAGGAGGGUGAGUUCAGUGAGGCACGUGAAGAUCUUGCCGCCCUUGAGAAGGAUUACGAAGAGGUUGGAUCUGACUCGAACGAGGAAGGAUAUGAAGAAGGAGAAGAAUAUUGA